CUUCCAUCCCUCCCUAGGGACUCAGCACCGUCAGCAACUCCCCCCCCCCCCCCUCCACGCACACAUUCCAGCGGCCCCUGGCAUCAAAAAGCAAAUUGCACCGACGAGCCAAUGGGCCGCUGCUGGGGAAGGAAGGGACGCUUACCACAAAAAAAAAAGAUGGUAGUUUUACAGAUCCCAGCGAUUAUCAGAAUUGCUGAUGCUAUAGGCUUUCCUAUUCCUAUUUUUCUCCUUUUAUUCCUGUUUUUCUUUACAUUAUCACUUGUAUUGUUAUCACCAUGGUUUUUUCUAUCGUUCUUCCUACUUAUAUUCCUAUUCCUGCUCUUGCAGUCUCGCAGCCUUUCUGUUGAUUAGGUGGGACUGCCAUCUUUUUUUUGGUGGGCGUGGGGGGCCCAAUGGCCGCCGCUGGGGAAGGAAGGGCCUCCCUGUGGCUAGCACGAUCCCACAAGGGCCCCACUCGGCCAGCCUGAAGGGCAGCAGCUGAAGGCGGGCGCAUUAUUAAGGAAGACUGAACCCAACCAUUCCGACCGACGCCCCUUGCCUGUCCCGCCCUGCCUAUCUGACCUCAAAUACCGCCUCCCUCUGCUCACCCCAGUCUUAGUCCGUUGAUCGGAGCAGCACUCUACUGCACUGCUUGCGCCUCCCACAUAAAGGCCUCGUCUACCUUUGCCGCCGCCCGUCCGCCCGUCCGCCCGCCCAACACAAAACAAGCCCAAAAAAGAAAACACCACUGCCUCGGCGCGCGCCCCUGGCCGAACCCCCCACCGCAUCAUCAUCGAGUCCGGACUCUUCUGGGGCAGGACGGAAUCACCACUGCCUGUAGCAACCGCGCGGGGCAGAGCCGGCUGUUCAAGAUGAAGCGGCGACCGAUCGACGAGCUGGUCUACGAAGCGCUGUUCCCGCGACCCAAGCAGAGCGACCCGCAUAACUUCCAGGCCUUUCUGACCAGGCACCUCAUCGCUGAGGUCCGUCACGAGGUGCACGCCUUCUACGGCCACAUCGACGAUGACGAGUCAAAAUACCCUGGCCUCGACUACUGCCAUCCCACGCACCGCAUACGGUUAAGCCGCUGGCAGUGGCACCGCCGCCUCUUCCGCGCCUUUGACAUGCUGCGCCUGACCAACGAAGAGAUCUACGGCCUCACGAAAUGGGAAGGCACCAAAUGGGCCAAGGAGCGGUACGAGAAGGAAUCGGGCGUCACCAUCCGCGACACCACGGCCGAUGGCUUUUCGGAUUGGAUCCCGCCUGAGCGCCGCGCCGCGCAGUCGGAGCCCGAGGUUGAGGAGGACGACGAGGACGACGCAAGCAGCGUGCGGACUCGGAUACAGACCACAGGCACCGCCGCCGCAGACGACGAGCUCCCCGACGCGGACGAUAGUGAAGACGAGGUCCAGGGCAGUGUGGGCGUGGAGCUAAACGAGCGCCUGCGCCAGCGGGUUGCUGCACACAAUGCCGGCGACACGUCGCAGCCGCUCGACGAGGAGUGGGAGCAGUGGCUCAAAAACGCCAUCGAGACAGGCGAGUUCCACCUCGUCGCCGAGCAGAUCACGAGACUGGCUAGGCACCCCAACCCCGUGCCCAUCCCACACGACGACCUCUCCCGGGCCCGCGUCAUGGGUGCCGCCCGGGCCGGUCGCUGGCACGAAGUUCCUGACUUUCUGCACGAUAUGAUUGGGCGAAGCCUCAACGAGGAGCGCGCCGCGGCACGCCAGGCUCCAGUUCCAGCAGCAACACCUAGUGAUGACUUGAGCAGCGGCAGCGGCAGCAGCAGCGGCUCCAGCAGUAGCGCCGCCAGCCCGCUGGCUGCUCCGACGUCAGCAGCAACCUCGACGUCGUCCAUGUCCUCCAGCACUUCCUGGCGGCGGAACUACUCGGAGCUGCGGCUACCCGACGGGAGCGGUCUCUCCAGGUCUGGCUUCCGGGCACAGCCAACAGGGCAAACUCCAGGCGCUUAGUUCGGCGGGCAGGAGUAUACAUGAGCUGUUAUUUUUUGCCAUGCGGCGAGUCGCGGCGGCACGAGAAUAGAAUCCGUGCCGUACUACACCAGCGUUCUUCGCGAUGCACGCCCCACACAAACACCCCCCCAACCAACAAACCUUUGACUCCGACGCAGCGUUUCCUCCAUCAUCUACACUAUUUUUUUUUUUGGUUACUGCGCGAUGCGUCACCUUGCUCUACUUGCUCCGCAGAUCGCUCUUACAAGAAAACAGUAAGGAAAAAAAUAAACUAUACCCCAUCUCGUACCCAGGUGUUACUCUGCUUGGGGCUUUUCUAUCUUUUCCCCGUUAAAUAAUAGCUCACAACUGGACGCGACAAGCAUUCGUCUAUUCCCCUGACAUGGAUCUUUGGCCCACGCAAAGGCGCGGGUUUGCACUUUAGAAGAAACUCCAGUUCUACGGUAUCCAUACCUCAGGACCGGGCAGGGUGGGUGGUGUAGAGAGGGCGGAGAAUCUUGACAGGCUCCUUUUUCUUUUAGGCUCUAGCGUGCGUCUUCUCCCUAAUCCGCGUGGUUCUCUUUUGCUCUUGGAGAAGCCCUCUUGCUUUUUUUCUGCUUUUCUGCAUGGCAUUGCUAUUUUCUUGGAUGGUUAUACCGGGUGGCGCGGAGGAUUUAUUCCUUAUCAUUCCUUGUCUUCGUACCAAGUGAUACCUAUACCUGUAUGCAGCGCUGAGAAUGUU